AUGGCGCGGCCUCAGGACCGUCUUCCUAGGCUCAACGUCGUCCAGCCUCUCCAUAUGCAACAACCUCAGGCCCUGUAUUCACCCGCGUUGCCAACCGGCAUCCAGAGCGGGUUCCACCCACCAGCGUAUCCAAUGGGAGGCAACCCUCUCCAGACACCAAUGCAACCCUUCUUCAACCCACACCCCCCACAAGCCCCAGGACGUCCAACACACCAGUCGAGAAACAGCUUCGCGUUUGCUGGUCCACAACCUCCCAACGGCUUCGCGGUGACCCCUGUUACGGGUCACUUCCCAAGACCCUCGAUGAUGCUCGGCCCCGGUCAGCCCCUCAUGGGUCCCAACGGUGGUCACAGGCCCCAUAAACGCCAAAUGAGUAUCGGUGGGCCACCCAAGGCCGUCCUCGGUGGCCCCGCCCGCAAAGUCAGCCCCAACCCAGCCGUGGCCGCGGUUGCCGCUGCAGUGCUCAAGAAGAAAGUGGUGGUCAAGCUGCCGGAGGAGACUGUCAAGGGAGAGGAGUCGGAGGAGCCAACGCGUGCAGAGUGGGCUAGGGAGCCUAUCCCCCUGGACCAGGUGAAGGAUGAGGAGGUUGUCCCGCCUGAACUGACCUCCAGAGAAACAUUCCCUCCCGACACUUGGAGAACACAACUUCCUGAUUCGGUCGACGUGUUUCUACCUAGCAAGGAAACAUGGGACAUCCUCAAGCAGCAGGUAAUCGAAGCUAAAUUAGAAAAGCUCGGUGUCGAGCGCGGUUCAGGGAGCAACGUGCCCCAUAUCUUCGCACCUCAUGCUCGUGCUGCUUCGAUAUCUUCACCGGCCGAUCCAGCAUUGUUGUUGUUCAAAUUGAAUAAACUGCAACAGUCACAGCAAAAUUCGGCAAGUAAUUCAUUGGCACCGUCGCCAGUACCACCCCACGUACCUUUCGGUCUAUCUCCACCUCCACCACAAUCACGACCGUCACCUGGCUUGUUCCAGAACCGACAUGGACACACGAUGUCAUUGGCCCAACCUCCCACCUUCGCGAAUUCGACGUUCAAUCCGUUCUCUUCUGGUGAUAGCUUGAGUGUGACCGGUGAAAACCUCGAUAGGCCAACCUCGGCGGUUUCCGACAGCGGGCUGUAUCCCCAUCAAGGACAACACUACGACGGACCGCCACCCCUCUCAGCCAUUCCCAAGUCAGACAAUCGACCCGACUUCAUUCGAGGAUUUGGAUUGGAGAUCCCAGAAGAGGAAGAGCCCGAAGAGGAGGAGAACGACGCUUCCCGCACCAUUGAUCAAGAUGACGGCAACAAUGGUGAUACCGAAGAAGGGGGCCACGGCGAGGGUGAUGAGACGCAAGAUAUGGAUAUCGAUGAGGCAACGAGUAUGGGCGAGAGAACGGCACCUCAUAGUCGCAUACAUUCACGACACGGUUCACGCCAUGUAUCCCACUUGUCUGCUGCAUUGUCCUUGAGAUCCGUUGGUGGCAACUUUGGUGCCAUCCUCGCUGAGAACGUCGAGCACCACAGCACUCCUCCCCGCCGGCCGAGCGUUAUUGGUACCUUCGAAGGCAUGGCGGAAGAGCGAGAAGACUUCGAAGAUGUGGCUGCGGUUCAAGAGUGGACAGGGUCUGAAGAAGAGGGCUUUUUGGGCACCGAAACUUCGGAUGAUGAGUCGCUUGGCGAAUUUUCCAACCCUUCGGAUGAAGAAAGGGCACGACGCCAGCGCGUGGAGAGGCGCAUGCGACGUAGGGCUGCACGAGAACAAACCGAUGAAAUACUUCAGGUCCACGACCAGCCUCGCCGGAUCCCCAAUUUCCCUCUCCCCCCUGAAACCACCCUCACUUUCAUUCCAGCACAGAGGGAGGGCUCUGAGGAUAUUAUUUCAAAUCCUAGUGACGAGCACCACCACGACAUGCACCAUUCACAUCCUCACCUCCAUUCACAUCACCCUCCCCACUAUCUAGGUUAUGGCCCCGGAGCUACCGGAGAUUUCUAUGUCCCUCGAUCGGCGAGUGGCACUAUUUCUCCUCGACAUCUCCCACCUCUCCCUCACUCGAGAGGGACGUCUGGCCAUUACUCGAUUCACGACCCCUCCAUGGCCCACUCGAGACACCCAUCAGAAGCCAUGUCCUACUACCCUUCGCAGAACCCGAUCUUGCAGCAACAUUCGGGCCAGAACUCGCUCAACAGCAGUAUGCGCAAAGAGACGUUGAAUCCGUUUGCAAAACCAUUCGUGUUUGGAAAGCCCUUGCAGGAGCCCGCAAAGACGCCUUCUACCCCUCCCAAUGCGGCCCAACCGCAGAUGGCCCACCAACGUAUUCCUUCGGCAGGCAAACCUUUGAACAUUGCUGCACCCGAGUUCAAGCCUCGAGGACUCCCUACCAGUGCAGAGUUUACGUUCCGUCAACCGGACGCACCCCAAAUGCCCUCACCGCCUCAAGACAUGUCAACCUCCGAACCCGUCGGUUCUGCUUCCGAAAGUAAUGUUGAGGAGUCUCCAGCGUUUAGAACGCAAGGUAGGGAGAAGAGGCCUCGGUUGGGAUCCAUGGGUUCAGUGGAGGAGGGUGACAGCAUGUCCUCGUUCCGAUUCCCACCAACUCUUGAUUCGCCACAGAGCCUGCGCAAGCCUCAACCUUCCGAAUCACAACCGCUCCGACAACUCGAACCUCCUGUGGAGCAGCCGUUCUCGUUCGAGUCCUUCUCGAAUGUGGCCCACUUCCCUUCUAUCCGCCCUGCUGCAUCACGAAAUGAAGACGAAUUCAGCGAGGUUGAUGAGGACGAGGAUACGGCGGAGACUGCUGGGAAAGAGAACAUUCCUCCACCCAGGGAAGACGUUGCGGAGCACAAGGCGCAAGAUGAAGGACAGGAAUUCACUCUACCUCUCUCAGCUUCCAAGCCCAAGCGAGCUCCUCUUCCGCUCGAUUUCAAACAUCCUGUCUCGAACAAUACCGUUCCUGCAGGAUUGUUCAAGGCUUUGGUGCAUAACGUCAUGAAUGGUGAUGACCGAACACGUCGCGUUCGUUCAAGGCUGGGUUCCAGGGAGGUGUUUGAGCAUAUGAACAGGCCGUCUAUGGAUGAUUCCAACGUGCAGAUGAUUUCGAGGAGCAACAGGUUGGUGACGGACCCUGUGAAGAGGUCGUCGUCCGCUGGCGAUGAUGACGUGUUUGGAUCAAGUGCGCGACACCAGAGGAGGAAUUCGUCCCUUCCCGACGCGCUUCGGGAUGACCUUUCGACGCCCUCUCGAAGCCCUUCGAUUCACCCGCAAGACCUUACGAACCGACUGGAGGCUCAACAUAUCUCAGACGUGUUGGCGCAAAUGUUGGACGACAAGUUCACGAGUCUUCGACGAGAAUUGGUGGCUAUUACCCGGGAGAGCCAGGUCAACACGAGCCAGAGCGGAUUGACCCCUUCUUCGGAGGCCAUGAUUGCGGACGUUGUUUCGUUGUUCAGGGCUCAACUCCAAGAUUCUGCCGCUCGCAGCUUGGAGGACAGUCAGAUGGACGCCAGAGGCGAAUUGGACUUCCAGAUGAUCAAGGACUUGAUCGACGAAGGCCACAAGGAAAUUCUGGGUAUCAUCAAGCAGCAAAUUCACGACUUGUUCGCCCAGCAGCAGCAACAGAACUACGCGCCGUCUACCGACAGGACUGUCGUUCGCGACGUUGUUGCCCCUAUCGUCGAGUCAGUUGGGGAGAGGACUACUCGGGCUGUUGUCGAAGCUAUCUCAGAAUUCUCAGCCAGGCAAGAGUCGAUCGAGCGCGGUACACCUGCUAGGGAGAGGGACCUCUUGUUGAACGACAUGAUCAACAUGCUUACGCCUAUCCUCAACAACCUCCGACCCGAGACCAUCGACUACGACUUCCUCACCAGUCAACUCGCCCAAGCUGUCAAGCCUCACAUUUCGCAACUCAUUGACCUUGCUUCAGACAAGCGGGAGACCGCCGGUCUUAUCAUCGACCAGUUGUUGCCUCUCCUUCCUUCUCUCAAGGGCGACACUGAGACUGUUACGAUGCAUCUGAUCAACGAGGUUCGCCGCAUGAUUGCACCGAUCGAUCCCUUCGAGAUCAAGGAGCAGGUUGCUGACCUCGUCGUCGAGCGACUCGACUCCCGCCUCGCCGUUCGUGACAAGGCUUUCAAUGUCGAGACUGUCACCACCAAGGUCACCGACGGAGUCUCACAACUGUUGGAGGACCUCAACAAGGUUCCUUCCACGUUGCAAGAACUUGUCGCCUCCCAAGACAAGGCCAGGGCUGAACAGCAACAUCGAACCGUCGAGCAACAAGAGCGACUCCUCUCCUCCAUCUCCAACAUUCCCAACCAACUCAACUCCAGGUUUGACUCUGUUCGUGCCGGCCAAAGUGAAGUCGUCACCAGGGUCGAGCAAAUCAUUGCAUCCCUCCCCAAGCCCGAAUCCGGUGCUGCCGAAAUCAAACCAAUCCUCGAGGCUUUGGUCGCCGAGAACAAGAAAUUGACUCAACACACUGUCGAUCUCUUCAACCAGCAGCAGGCACUGGGAAGCAAGGUCAACACCAUCCCCGACGUCCUCCAAUCCAACAUCAUCAACCUCCAAAACGGCAUCGCCGAGCUCAUCACCUCGCGGGACAUUCCCAGACGGGAUCUCGAUGACCUGCGCAAGCUCAACUCUGACUAUCAAAUUCAACUGACCAAGGCUCGGGCUGCCCAUGGCACAGUUCGAGUUGAGAAGGAUAUGUUGGGCGAGAAGCUUGCCGGUGUGGAAGCCGAGCGCGACCGACUCAAGAAACAAGUUGCCGAGCUGGAGAACGCGAGCAAAGCCAAGAAGUCAGAGACUGCCACAUUGGAGAGUCGGACAACUGAACUCGAGGAGGCUCUUGCAAAGGCUCUUGCCAGGUUGCAAGACUCGGAUGUGGCGACUCAGGCUGACAAGAAACGCAUUGCUGAACUUGAGAAGGCCGCCAAGGAUAGUGCCGCGGAGGCGCAAAGCCUGAAAGCCAAGGUUGACGCAUUGGAGAUGGAAGUUACCUUCUCGAAGCGCGACAAGGAGGCUGCUACCCAGGCUCUCGAGACGCUCAAGAAGCAGCAUGACGCCUUCGUCACCCAACAAAGCCACUGGGACGACCUCCGGCAGGCAUCCGAGAAGAUUGAUAUGCUCACACAAUUAAUUGGUCAAGCGGACAACGAGGAACUGCAAGAACUGCGCCGUUAUCGAGAUCGAACCAAGCCUUUGGAGGCGGACUAUGCUGCCCUCCAGAAGCGCGUCAAGGAGUUGGAGACCAAGGCCGCUAACAGCGAGCGAACGGCCACCACUGCUAAGCAGAGCUUGGUCCAAGCUCAGCAGCGAUCCUCAGAAUGGGAACGCCGUGCUCGAGAGUAUGAGGGCGAGUUGGAGCUUACGCGAACCAAGCUUGAGCAAGCUGAGGAGACCCAGAGCCAACUCGACGCUGACUACUCAUUGCUGAAGAUUCAGUUCGAGGAACGUGAAGCUGACGAUAGACUGUACAAGGACCGCGAACAGAAACAGCGCGAUCAGAUCACUGCUCUCGAAGCCAAAGUGGUUCGUCUCCAGGAAGAACUGGUCAAGGCAAGGACUGGACAGAGAACUCAAUCCCGAGUAUCCUCUCUUGCCGCAUCAUCCCAGUCACCUUCACCCUACCGCCCUGCUCCUACAGCCAAUGGGACAACCCAACCUCCCCGACCCGACAGUCGCGCGAGUGUCAGCACCGUGAACGGCCGCGACACCUCCAUGUCCGAUCGUAGGAUGUCGUAUGCCCCGACGAGCAACGGCACCCCAGGCACAACCCCUCCCCAAGGCUCCGUCUGGGACUCGAUGCACGCACCCUCCAACGGCAUCUCCGCCUCUUCUCGGUAUAGCACCGGUGUUAACUCCAGCAUCCACGCCCCGAAGAGCCGAUACCCCCACCUCGGUCCCUCGACACCCAAGACUCGCCCUGGAUACUCGCAUUACACCCGCGCCAGCGCUCCGUCUCCUUCUCCCAGCAUCGUCUCUGCUGCGCCCACCCAAGGCGAAGACGGCUGGUGGUCAUGA